GAAUUAUCAUUAUAGCAAAAUAUAAUUUGUAAUCAUAGGCUUACGAAUUAUAUUAUCAUUUGUACGAUAUGCAGAUUCGAAUUUUGAUAUAGUAUCCUUAUUGCAGCUUACUGUUCGAUUCUCGGAGCAUAAUAAUGCUGGUGAUGGAAUUUAUAUUAAACAAUCCGAUGGACCGAUUGUUAACGCAAACUCAACUAUUACAGAGAAUCGAGGUCAUGGAAUAGCGGUCAUAAAUAGUACCGAUGGACGAGUAUUCAUUGAUAUGACUGUUACUAAAAACUGCGGUGAUGGAAUACAUUAUCGGGAGGCAUUUGGAGAAUAUUGUAUCUUGCUACAAUUGAUAAAAAACAAAUAUCGUAAGGUAACCAAAUUAAGCGUGAACAGUCAUACCGUAUCAAUGAUGACAAUGUUGGAUAUGUGUAAUGAGCAUAAAAUACCUUCGAAUUUUUAUUUCGCAAAUGCAAUUCAUGCAAAUCUUAUCACUGCUACAGUAAUUGAUUCAAAUAGUGAAACACCAUGUUGGAUGCAUUUAAUAAAUGGAUUAAGUGGUCGAGUAGCUGGUGAUAUCCAUGUAAUAUUUCGGAUCCAUGUUUUUCUUACUGGUAAGGCAUUUUACAGUUUAAACAUAACAUACUCUGUGACAGCAAAUAAUGCUGGAAAUGGUAUUUUGGUACGUGAAGUACGCAAACAUACAGCGUUUACAAACAUAACAGUAGUAGGAAAUGAGGGACAGGCAGGUAUUUUGGUAAAUAAUGGAGCAGCUGAUAUUUGGAUUAAUGCUUCCUAUAUUGAUCAUAAUUGGGGAGAUGGUAUUAAUGUAACUUACUCUGGUGGUUCUGUUACAAUUAAUGGUACGACUAUAAGUCAUAAUCGGUGGAGAGAAUUAACUGCAAAUCGCUAUCAUGCAUCUAUCGAAAUUUUCGCUUGUCAAAAAGCAGGAAUGGCCAAUAUCAUUAUUGAUUUUACCGGGAAUCGAGUAGAAGAUGGCCUAGAAGUUGGUUUUAGAAUGAAGCCAGCAGUAAAUAUUAUCAUGAUCAUAUCAAAUAAUCAAUUCAUCGCAAAUAAUGAUAGUGCUCUAAUCAUUCGAAAUGCUCGAUAUCCAUAUUUGCAUAACCUACCUGCUCAAGUAAAUUUUAAAACCAGCAGUUCAUUUUAUUGUGAAUGGUAA